AUUUUGGCUUAGCCGAAAAUUAUAAAACUAGAGAACCGCUCUACAGUAUCCUUCUCCUUUUUCCUUUUCUCCUCCUCUCUGCACAAUCCCUCCCUAACCCUAGAUAUCAGCUGAUUUUCUCUCUCCCAAUUGGAGUUCCUUCUUUUUUUAUCUGGUAUUUAGGGUUUGGAUUUGGGGAUUUUCUUAGCUAUGGAGAGAAUGUUGUCCGGCAGUGAUAAGCAGAGCAUGGUCUCUUCUUUUCUCGAGAUCGCCGUCGGCCAAACCGCCGAGACUGCUACUCAGUUCCUCCAGGCCACCAGCUGGAAACUUGACGAAGCUCUUCAGUUAUUUUAUGUUGGCAACGAAGGUGGGCCGGUUGCAUCGGUAUCACAUUCUCCACCAGCAGAUAAUGCAAAUACCUUGGCAGAAGAAAAUACUGGUGCAUUGAAAGGCCAUGAAAAUGAAAAUGUUGGACAAGGUGGUGGGGAGGAAGUGCGGCCUCCUUUACCUGUUGUGAGGGAUACUCUUUAUGAUGAUUCAAUGUUCUAUAGAACAUCAAGGAUGGGUUAUCCUCCCCAUGAAUCCAGUUCACUAAUUGCAUUUCGCAACUUUGAUGAGGAAAUGAGACGUCCUGGGGUUUGGGAAUCAGACCAAGGUGCUACAUCCACAGCAGAAAACCCUCGAGAUAAUCUUGCUUCUUUAUACCGCCCUCCAUUUCAUCUGAUGUUUCAUGGGUCAUUUGAAAAGGCAAAAGGUGCUGCUUCCGUUCAAGACAAAUGGCUCCUGGUGAAUAUACAGUCCGCAAAGGAGUUCAGUUCUCAUAUGCUUAAUCGAGAUACGUGGGCAAAUGAAGCUGUUGCUCAAACCAUCAGUACUAAUUUUAUAUUUUGGCAGGUAUAUGAUGAUACAAGUGAGGGCAGGAAAGUCUGCACCUAUUAUAAGUUGGAUUCCAUUCCUGUGGUCCUUGUCAUUGACCCAAUAACGGGACAAAAGAUGCGUGCAUGGAAUGGAAUGAUACAGCCCGAGAGUUUGCUAGAGGAUUUAGUACAAUUCAUGGAUGGUGGGCCGAGGGAUCACUAUGCAACUCUAUCACAUAAGCGUCCGAGGGGAAGUUCUCAGGCUCCACAGAAAAUCAAAGCAUCCUCAGUUGAAACUAAUGAAGAAGAUGAGGAUAUGCUGCGGGCAUUGGCUGCUUCUAUGGAGGGCAUGAAAGACUCAAAUAUAAUGGCUUCUGACAAUAAAGAUGCAACUACUGGUGAAAAGGAGGAAGAAUCAUGCUCAUCUAAGAAACCCACAUAUCCACCAUUGCCUGAAGAACCCAAGGGUGACAGGAGCAUUCUUUGCAGGGUUGGACUUCGUCUUCCUGAUGGACGUAGGGUCCAGAGAAAUUUCCUAAAAUCUGAUCCAAUACAGCUGCUGUGGUCGUUCUGCUAUUCCCAAUUAGAAGAAACUGGGACAAGGCCGUUUCGGUUGACCCAGGCAAUCCCAGGAGCAAAGAGUCUGGAUUAUGAGAGUAAAGUGUCUUUUGGAGAGUCAGGGUUGGCCAACUCUAUGAUCUCAGUUGCUUGGGAAUGAAAAUCAACCUUACAAGGCGUCUUGAAGAGAUUUGAUUAAGAGCUGCCUACAUUUGCAUGGUCUGUGAGGACAAGUGCACUGAUAAGCAGUACCGUGGUUAUUUCAUCAUGUAAAUUCUCCAUGUUUCAGUUUCACUAUGAUCUAUGAAUCUUUAGGUGUUUAUGCAGUCAAUGUUAUUUAAUGCUUUGCCAGUGGUGCAAACAGUGGAGGAUUCAAACUUGAAAUACCCACUUCUAGUUUUUAACUGAAAAAGGAAGAAAGUGUUUUCUACGACUCUGGAGUCUGUGUUUAGUUUAAUGAUAUCAGUGAAUGAUUCUUUUGGCUCUGCAACUCAUUUAUCUACUCUUGUUCAUUUGUAA